CGGGCUGGAGUCCCAGAUCCCGGGCCCUCCCUCCUUCUUUCUCUCUCCCCGCCUUCGGUGCUGCCACAGUGGCGGGUCGGAGGAUCCCGGCCAGUCAGCUCGUUCCGGCCUCGAGCCCCUCCUUCCCCCAAAUAAACACCCCUCCCCACGCCUGGGGAGCCCGGACCGCCCCCUUCCUCCCUCUGCCCGGCGUGUGGCGAGGGCCAGUGUGAGGGAGUGAGUGCAGGCCGGCGGGCCAGCUCCGUGAGUGCGCGAAGGCGGGGUGCGCGGCGGGCCGGGCCGGGCCGGGGGUCGGGUGUGCGCGUGGGGUUGCGAGCGAGUGCCCGUCGCGACCCGCCGGCGGCCGAGCGCCGGAGAGCCGGCCAGCGAGCGACCAGCGGCGACCGCCGGCCGCCGCCGAGGUGGGCGCUGGGCCCGCGCGCGCGCGCACGCACGCACGCACGCGGGGGCGGGGGCAGGCGCGCGCCCGCCUGUCGCGACAGUCGGGGCUGAGGCCCAGGGGGAGGUGGCCUGUCGCGGGUCGCCCGGCUCCCGGAGGCGAGGGGGGCGCGGGCGGAUGGCGGAAGGCGCCCAGCCGCAGCAGCCGCCUCAGCUCGGGCCCGGCGCCGCUGCCCGGGGGAUGAAGCGGGAGUCGGAGCUGGAGCUGCCGGUGCCCGGAGGGGGAGACGGAGCCGAGCCUGGCCUGAGCAAGCGGCCGCGCACGGAGGAGGCGGCGGCCGACGGCGGCGGGAUGCAGAACGAGCCUCUGACCCCAGGUUAUCAUGGAUUCCCAGCACGGGACAGCCAGGGUAACCAGGAGCCAACAGCAACUCCUGACGCCAUGGUUCAGCCUUUUACCACCAUCCCGUUUCCACCACCUCCGCAGAAUGGAAUUCCCACAGAAUACGGAGUGCCACACACUCAGGACUAUGCCGGCCAGACCAGUGAGCAUAACCUGACACUCUACGGCAGCACGCAAGCCCACGGGGAGCAGAGCAGCAACUCACCCAGCACACAGAACGGAUCUCUGACGCAGACAGAAGGGGGCGCACAGACAGAUGGCCAGCAGUCACAGACGCAAAGUAGUGAAAGUUCAGAGAGUAAAUCUACACCUAAACGACUGCAUGUCUCUAAUAUUCCUUUCCGUUUCCGGGACCCAGACCUCCGACAGAUGUUUGGGCAGUUUGGCAAAAUCCUAGAUGUAGAAAUAAUCUUUAAUGAACGUGGCUCUAAGGGAUUCGGGUUCGUAACUUUCGAGAAUAGUGCUGAUGCAGACAGGGCCAGGGAGAAAUUACACGGCACCGUGGUAGAGGGCCGUAAAAUCGAGGUGAAUAAUGCUACAGCGCGUGUAAUGACCAAUAAGAAGAUGGUCACACCAUAUGCAAAUGGUUGGAAAUUAAGCCCAGUAGUUGGAGCUGUAUAUGGCCCCGAAUUGUAUGCAGCAUCCAGCUUUCAAGCAGAUGUGUCCCUAGGCAAUGAUGCAGCAGUGCCCCUGUCAGGAAGAGGGGGCAUCAACACUUACAUUCCUUUAAUCAGUCUCCCUUUAGUUCCUGGCUUCCCCUACCCAACUGCAGCCACCACGGCGGCCGCUUUCAGAGGAGCCCACCUGAGGGGCAGAGGGCGGACGGUAUACGGUGCAGUCCGAGCGGUACCUCCAACAGCCAUUCCCGCCUACCCAGGUGUGGUUUACCAGGACGGAUUUUACGGUGCUGACCUCUAUGGUGGAUACGCAGCCUACAGAUACGCACAGCCUGCUACUGCAACCGCAGCCACCGCCGCUGCCGCUGCUGCAGCCGCUUACAGCGACGGUUACGGCAGGGUGUACACAGCUGACCCCUACCAUGCCCUUGCCCCUGCCGCCAGCUAUGGAGUUGGCGCUGUGGCGAGUUUAUACCGAGGUGGCUACAGCCGAUUUGCCCCUUACUGAAGUGACGUGAGACCCCUGCAAAUGGGACAGCCCCCCAGUUCAUGAGGCCUGGCUAUUGCAAUAUUUACUAGUAGAGGAACUCUAUAGCAAGAUGAAGAGGAAAAACAAACAAACAAACAAAAAACACAAAAAAAGAGAAUACUUUUUUAUACCUCACUAUGUUCUUUGAAUAUGUAUUUUUCCUUUAAAUUUCUGCCUUUAAUUCUUUUGUUCCAAAGAUUGUGCAUUUUUUUCUUUCUUUUUUCUUCUUUUUUUUUUUAAACUGUGGUAAAAAAAAAAAUGCAUUUCCAUGUCUGUAUGUCCAUGCUUAGCUUAUUCUAUCAAUCACGGAAGAGGCAGUUAAUGAGGACGGAGAGACACUAGGAGCUGAUAAGUGCAUCUGGUCAGAAGUCAGCAGACAGAAUUACCAAAGUGUAUCUGGUGCUGAAUGGCUGGGGGGCAAGCAGAAGUGGAAGAGAUCUCUCUGCAACAGCAUAUCCUUCUAGUCUUCUGAGUUUCUGGUCUUUGGCAGGCAAUUCUGACUGGCUGUGGCUGGAAUCCACAUGCUAAUAGAUGAUAGGAAUGUGUGCUUGCAGGGCAAGAGAAUUACAGACACUUUCCUCUCCUCUUCCCUCCUGUCUCCUCCAUUCUUUUUACAAUCAUAUUACACGCACGGCCUGAGAGAGUUGGCAUCGUUUUUGGAAUUAUAGUAUUAAUAUUUCCAAACAUGCGCUCAGACUGUGGAUAAUAAACACCUCAUUAGGAAACCGGUCUCAAAAGGAACUCUGGAGUAUGAAAAAAAAUCACUCUUUCCUUUGCUGUAAACCCUGGCAUUCCUGCUGGGCUGCUUCCCCUUCCAUUGAACCACAGCUUAGCCCAUCUCUCCUUUCACUAACACCCUGCUCCCAUGCCCUCCAGAUUCAGGAAUUGAGGACCCAGGGACAGAGGAAUAAAUAGCCAGUGGCCCGGUUACCCCAGGUGUCCGGGCACAGCUUGAGGGCUAGAAGUAAAAUUGUCGAGCGCCAGUGAAGAGGGUGAGGGCGAGGAAAGUGAUGUUAGACCAUGUCAGGCAAGGCGCCCUGAUAUUCCCGAUCUUUCUCUUGCAUCAAAAAGUCAGUACAAAGUAUAAAACAUAUAACCAAGGCUCUGGUGGCAAAAAAUAAAGCACUGAGCCCUAGAUCAACUGUCCUUGGAGGUUUUGGUGAGUAGGGCAUGUGAGGGCAGGCAAAGGCACUUUGUACAAGCUCCAAAGCCAUAGGACUUUCAUCUUCCAGAGCCUUUACAAGUCACUUCUCUGUCCACAGUCUGGAGCCCUUGUGGCCAAUCCACCCAUCUUCUCAUUAUCCUCCAAAGACACCCAGCUGAGCACCUGGACCACUUGGUAUUCGUGAACACUACAGGAUGUGAAACAAGCCCCUGAGGCUACUCCCCUCCUAUACAGGAAGGAGGGUCUGAAAUGGCCAGGAUCUCAUAUGUUGCCAGAAAGAGCCACGUGGUGGCCACCACAGUGAGUCACUGCUUUCACUACCCGGCUUCCAUUUUAUAUCUGUCUUCGGGGUAGGGGAGAGAGUGUUUCUCUUCUAGCUAUUAGCUAUUAAAGGCAAGGGUCCUGCAGCAUUUCCAAAAUGAAGCCAUUAGAAAAUAGAAAAGCACGGUCCAAUUGGCUCCCUGGUCUAUUCACGUUGGUACUAGGGUGACCUUUCACCCGAGGGAUAGCUGCUAAAGGGAGUAAUUCAGAGACAUGGAGCUUCUGGUUUGCUAUGGGUUUGUUUUGGUUUGUUGUUGUUGUUUUUAACUCCUGCCUCCACACAUGUUCUUGACUGAUUCAUGUCCCUGGAUUAAAAUGACUGACAUAUGACAGCAUCAAGCAUUCUUUGUGAGCAGAGGGAUCUAUCUUGGGGGGGGGACUGGCCUGUCGUGUACAAUACAUAUCUUCUCCCCCUUCAGAAUCCUCUCUCUCCUGAUAACUAGGAGGGAGGCUUCCCUGAAACUAGGGGAGACCUCAAGGAAGCUAGAGGCCUCGAUGCAAUUCUUAUUGAUUCUGGGGAGGAAUGCACAGAAUAGGGGAUGCCAGACUGCCCGGUCCAUUGGCCAUUUUUUAAGGGUUCCCCUCCCCAAGCCAAAGUUUGGUUUGUUGCUGUUAAGACAAUUUUUGUUUUGUGUAUAUAAAUAUUUUAGUUGGGGGGUGGGUAAUGGGACGUGGGGCUUUCACGGUUCUAGGGAAUGGGGGCAGGGAGGAUUUUUUUCUUUCUUUCUGUUGCUUUUGUUUUGAGGGAGAGCUUUUACUGACUAAAGAAACUGAGAGAAAUUUUGUGUCCUGUUUAAAUAAGGGCCGUUCUCACAAAUGGCAAGCCACUAUUCAGUGGAGACAGGGCCAAAUUCUAAAUGGUUGUAUCCGCAGCAGGGGAGGAAAACAGGGCAGUGAGUUCAAGAAUUUUCUAUUCUUUUUUCCAGAAAGAGGGAGGGAUGAUGGGAAAAGCAGAGAAGGCAGCUUCCCCAGCCCUUUGAAAAGAGGCAGAAGCCUGAGCGUUUGUGCAUUUCAGUUCAGCUGGUUGUGGCUGAGGACUCCAUAGGCGAGCUCUGUGUUUUCCAGUGGCCUCUGCUGCAUUUCCAGGGAUGGUUUCAAUACUGCUUCCUUCAGCUCCCUUUACUAAGAAAGACUAAAUAGAGUCCUGCUUGUUAUUAAAGGGCCUUUGGUUUUCAGUGCCAGCACUGAGAAUUGGGGCUCUCAGAGCACCUCGGUUUAAUGGUUAUCAACCUCCCCAACAGCUUUUGACUUUGAGACUCCAUACAGGCAACUUCAUCAGAGGCAGGUUCCUCGAAGCAUCAGUGCUUGUUUAUUCCUGACUCUCAUUCCCACGGGACUGAGAAGCUGAGUCAGAAGAGAGUUUGGCAUCCCGUGAGUUUGUUAGAGGAUACUGGUGGAUAAUUCAAUUCCAGAAAAUUUAUCGAUGCUGAAUCACAAUACAUGAAUGAUUUUGACAGCUUUACUGUAAGUCACGAUGGAGAGGCUAUACGAAGCAUCUUACUUUUAGCAGCUGGGCUCCUUCCAGGAGUCCUCUCAUGAAAACCUUUAUCAGAAUAUCCCUCUUUCAGCCCAGAGAGCUGUCCUUAGAGCUUUUCCAGAAUUCCUUGUAUUAUAUAGUUCAACUCCCACUGGCCCAGAUCAGCUGUUGCGAUUUGUCAUUCUUAAGGCUCUCAGGUUUUAUAAAACCUACCGUCGUCAUCCGUCUCCAGCAGCCACAUGUUAUUUUUCCUUGAAAAAGAAGGGGACUGGGGUUCAACUCUUAGUUUAAGAGGAGCUAGUGGAGCUCUAUCAAUAGAAAUCAAUGAUAGCAGCUUUUCCUCAAAAGGGUGACUCCUCAGGGGCUGAACUGCUCUUCGUUUAGGUUCUACUUUCCUAGAGUUGUAGCAGAGAAGUCGGUGAAUCACCGCCACCCUAUAACUAGUCACAUAGCUUCCAGAUAGGAAGGAGAUGUGAACUCGGGGUGGAAACAACGCCAAGGAUGUGCAGGAAGGGCUGAGUAGCCUCCCUUCCCUCUGGAGGGAGGAUGAGGCCAAGCGAGGGGUAGCCCGGAGGGCGAGGGCGGGCGCUGUAAGGGGGGAAGGGGGAGCCAUUGGCCCCCUUUCGCCAAGCCCAGCCACUUCUCUGCUGCUUGCAACCCCCUAGCACAGAAACAUUUGCAGAAUCGCAGACUUGUUUCCCCCAGAAAAUAGGAGGAAAGGGACUUUGGGGGGUGGGGAAGGGGUAGUGGUGUUUUAAAAGCAUAAGUUACCUGUUUGCACUGUCUUAAGAUAGGAAAAAAAUAGUGGGCAAGGUGAACAUCCAACGUAAAUUUGUGUGUUUUUAUUUUGUCAUGCUCUUGAAAAUGUUUGGCCAUUUGUAGUAUUCACCAGUGAAACCUGAUUCUCUGUUGCAUAAAACACUAUUUUUUUUGGAAACGUUACUGUCCGAAAGCCUCUUCCCUCCCUUUCCCCUUCCCUGUGUUCUUCCUUCAUACUCGCUUGACUGGUCAGCCAGGCAGUAGCCAUCCAGGAGCUAGGGCGUGAAGCAGGGCCCUUCCCAAGUAGACUCUGGGUGUCCUAAGCCAGCGUGUGCCCUCUGGUUUAGGGAGUGCCGUCAAGUCCUUGGCCCCUGCCUUUAAAGUAAGGCUUACAGACCAGGCUACAGCAAGUUCUCAAAUUCCCAAAUCAGAUACACUAGGAAGAAGGAGCCGAGGGGCAGAGGGGAGUCCUCAAGUCUGGCGGGUGGCCGCAGUAGCUGAGUUCUCCACGUUACCGGAACUGUCGCCAGUUACAGUUUACUCAGGAAAACGGUCGAUCACUUCAGCCAUGGUAGUGCUGGUUGGCAGGGCUUGGUAACGGAGAGAACUGCUCAUUGGCCACAACUCAAACCUUGCCUUUAAGGGGACUGCCAGCCAGGGGCCCCUCCACCUGGCAGUGACACACAUGCCUGCCCGCCGGUGUGGUGAGGGCUCAGCUCACACCAGCCAGCAAAAAGAGAACAGCGAUUCUCUUUUCUCUCCACACCCCCACCCUCCCCUGUUACCAACGCCAGAUUCCCAGGGGGUACAUAAGUUUUUGAAUUUCUUAAAAAUAUUUUUUGGUUUGGUUUUUCCGGGGACUGAUAAGUGCUUUAAGCAACGUUGAUACCCCACCCAGACCCCCAGCUUUGUCAUUUUCUUGUAUUUUUCUGUUCACAGUAUUUUGUGUGUGUGUGUGCUUGUUUUGGCAGCUCAUUUUGGCUGUAUUAUAUAUCGAGUGAUGAAUUGAUCCUCUUUUUUUUUUUUUCCCCUAAGGGAUAUGAAUUGUUUUUUUCUUGUGUUGUAAUUCUGCUUGUGAAUAGCUGGAGCAAACCUGGGGCUGACACACGUAAGCUAGGGCUGCGAAGUGCUGAGAGAGCCAGGCAGGGUGGCUUGUCCCUGACAGGCUGACCCACCUGAGUCUCUGAGCUUUUCAGUCCAAAUCUCUGCAAGGCUAAAAAACGCCACCAAACCUCCCCACUUGUCCCGGCUCCCUGUGGCAGGGACAGAUCCAUCCCUACAUGCAAUUGCAGUUUCUCCGGCCCCCUCCCGUUGCCAUGGCAAAACAGGUACCUAUGGGGCAUGGGGGCAUCACAUGGGAUGCUUGUAUAAUCGACCACCUCGCCUUUUCUUCCCCCUCCCUAGCCACCCCCACCCCCCACCCCCAGCAUCACUUCCUAGGACACCCGAGCUGCUUGCCCAGGGUCCUGUUUCCCUGCAAACUCCAGAGAAGCACCCAGGGCUUUGUGACAGUCUCCACUUCCCUCCCCUUCUCGUUAAGAAUCAUAUUGUAUAGUAGCUUUCAGACCAUACAGUAUUCAUUGGGUUACUCCUAUUACUAUCAAGUAGCUGGAAUUGUGAAGGUCGGAGUAGUUAGAUCUUUAGCUUUUAUUCCUUAUUUUUUUUGUAUUACUAUCCAUGUGUAUAAAUUAUUGAUCAUGUUGCUGGCUUUUAUAAACUCUAAGCGAAGGAGGAGCAUUGCCUCUACCUUUGCAAAUGGUAAUGAAGCACUGUUUUUAAAUAAAAGAGAGAAACACCA